AUGUCUUCGUUGGAUGAAUCGGCAGAAUUGAGAAAACAGCGGUUGCGCGAGUUGCGAAAAAUUAAAGAAUCACAAGCAACUAAAGAAGCUCCAGAUACGGAAAGAAAAGAGGAAUUGAUAAAACACCGUAAUUAUGAUCCAGAAGCACAGGCUCCUCGUAUGGGAUUUGUUGAGCCCCCGAGAGCAGACGUUACAGUCGAAACUAUAUCAAAGGACAUCGAAAACGAAACAAAACGAAGAAUUCGAGAGCAAGAAAGCAUACCUGAGGAAGAGUUAGACUUGACUACGUUAAGGCCAAAGAAGCCUACUUGGGAUUUGGAAAGAGACUUAAAAGAGAGGAUGGCUAUUUUGGAGCCAAAAAACCAAAAUGCUCGAGCAUACUAUGUCCGACAAACGAUCGCCGAUAGAGAAAAGAAAAAGCAACAGCAACAAGAACAAGAACGUACAACUUAG